UGUGUGUGUGUGUGUGUGUGUGUGUUGACCGCGCAUGCGCAACAGCCUUCGUGUGUACAGUAAACAAUAGGUUCUUCUUGUUUCAUUUUCAAUUCCGAGUCCGUGCGGUCACGUGACAAACACACGCGUGCAGGUGGAGAGAAGAUUCCUGAAACAGAAGCGUGCAGCCGGUGGACAUGAAGCUCCUGCUCGUGUCCCUGUUCCUGCUGUGGACAGUGUUCCUGUCCAGUGCAGGGCUUCAGGAGUCUGAUUACACAUCUGACUGGGAUCAGACUCUCAAAACCAUCAAGGACGGAAUCCAAAACCUUUACACUUACUACAGAUCAUACACACUCCUCAAAUACGCUCUGGAUUUAACCUCAGGAUCUGAUCAGGUGUGUCAGUAUCACUGCGCUUAUGAUGGACAGAGACCUUUUCCCCGCCCGGGCUACCGCUCUUCACCCAACGGCUGCGGCACUCAGGAAAUACCCUUUGAUAUCAAAAUCCCAGCGAUAACCAAUUGCUGUAACGAACACGAUCACUGCUACGACACGUGCGGACAAGAAAAGCGUGACUGUGAUGAGCAGUUCCAGAUUUGCUUGAAGAACAUCUGUAGGAACCUUCUGAACGUGCUGGGGCUGGACCAGAAAGUACAGGCGUGUGAAUCAGGGCUGAAUCUGGUCUUCAAUGCCGUGAUGCACCUGGGCUGUAAACCCUACCUGGAGAGCCAGCGUGCAGCGUGUGUCUGCCGCUACAGAGAUCAGACAGGCCUGUGAUCAGAUGUGUUUGGGUGUGUGUGUGUGUGUGUGUGUGUGUGUGUGUGUGUAUAUAUAUAUAUCUCCAUAGCAACUGCUACAACAAAAAUACUGAAUAAUGUGUUUACUGGGAUCAUGUCAUAUAUAAUAGUGACUCUUAAAGAGCACAAUAUAUAAUACAGUGUUAUAUAUUUAAACCCGCAACUCUUCCAUGAUACCGGAUCAGAACCUGGUGAUGGGAAAAAUCUGAUCUAAACACUUUACACAUAUAUAACCAGAACCAGAGUGAACACUCAGAAGUGACAAAAGGAAAGUGUGUGUGUUUUUCUGGUGGUAAGAAGGAAGUGAACAGGAGAAGGUUUUUUUCUGUCUUGGUGGUGAAGAAACUUGUAAAACAAAACUGUAAUAAAAGUCACAAAGGUUUGCAGAUGUUAGAUUCCUGUACACGUGUGAAAGUGUAGAAACACCGAGUGUUUUAUGGUGUUUGAGAGACGCAUGUUUAUUUUGUUUAUAUGCAACAAAUUCUGGAAUGUUACAGUAUGAAGAUUUCGUUUGACCGAACAGAUCUAUAAAUGUGCAGAUGUUCCACUAAAAAAAUCCUCCUUUAUCAUGAAGAACAGCUUUUAACACUCUCAGGACACGAACACUUCGUUUCUCCACACAUUCAGAUAAAACUCUUUUGUGUCUCUUGUAAAACUCUUAACAGAUGUUCUUCACUAGUUGGAAAUUUUCUUCUUCAUCUCAGAGCAGUUCAGUAGGAUUAAGGUGUGGUGAUUGAGCAGGUGGUUCUAUGAUAGAUAUCACUCCAGACGUCUGUCUGCUUUCUAAAUCACACGUACAGAACUCAGACGUGCGCUUCAGCUCAUCGUCUUGUUGUACGGUGAAGUCGUUCCAGUGAGCCGCAGUCCAGACGGAACUGCAUGGUGCUGAAGUACGGAAUGAGAGCCGUGUUGGUUCAGGAUUCCUUUCUGGAAUCUUCCCUGCUCCAAAACAACCCCAAACCAUUAAACUUCCACCUCCAUGUGUGAGUGUGGGGGUGAGGGAGUCUGAUCACAUCUUCUCCCCUGUUCUCCUUCUCACACAAGAUCUUCUGCUAGAGACACAAACGUCCCUUUUUUUGUUCUUGUGUGUCUGUUUUUUAUUGAGUUUGCUGCAUAGAAACAAAAGGAACAUGCAGGUGUCUCUAAAACCAUUAAAGACUGUGUUUCCACACCUCUGACUGGUGCUGUAGGUAUAAAGCGACUGCUAUUGUAUGAGUUAAAGAGAAAAAUGCAGAAUAAUGAAUUUUUGAAACAGAAUUCACAGGUUCUCUCUGUAAUGUGUUUUAUAUCUAACGGAUUCACACUGUAUCGUAUUAUUUCACUUUAAACAUCAUGUAGAUCAGCGGUCCCCAACCUUUUCUGCACCACAGACUGGUUUAAUGUCAGACAAUAUUUUCACGGACCGGUCUUUAAUGUGUGGAGGAUAAAUACACAA